AGGGCUCGGUGCUGAGAUGGAACAGAGUUUAGUGUGUCACUGCUGAACUGUGAGUCCUGAGACCCAAGCAGGAAAUCAUGAUGACAAGGUCUCCCCUCUCCUCCCCAGGAAGGCCACCAAUGGACUAUGAAGAUUUUCUCCCAAAGUAGAUUGUGGCCUUGGGAUCUGAGACUCUGAGGAAGACCCCAGAGCCACUUCCUGGUGGAGAUGACAACAACAUCCCUGUCACACUGACAGCACAGGGGUUAACCCAUGAUUAGACCAGCAGCUGCUUAAUAUCUGGGAUUUACCCUAAUUGUUCUUUAUACUUGGACCCAAGGGGAAGAGCCAGAACAAGCCGAUAACCAGGCCAUAAAACAAUGACGGCCAGUGGAAAUGACCAGGCGGGAAGCAAAGAUGAUGGAACGGUGAAGUCUGGCAAGGAGGUGAAAAAGAAAUCGGACUGGACUUGCUCUCUUCUGAUUGCCUCGUUCGUUGGAGCUUUCGGAUCUUCCUUUCUGUACGGUUACAACCUCUCUGUGGUCAACGCACCCACUGGGUACAUCAAGGCCUUUUACAAUGACUCUUGGGAAAGAAGAUUUGGCCACUCAGUCCAUCCUGAGACGCUAACUCUUCUGUGGUCGGUGACGGUGUCUAUUUUUGCCAUUGGUGGAGUUGUGGGGACUUUUAUAGUGACUCUGAUUGGAAAGCUUCUUGGAAGGAAGCAACUGUUACUGGCCAAUAAUGCAUUUGCGGUUUUAGCUGCACUAUUGAUGGCUUGCUCACCACUGGCAGGAUCAUUUGAAAUGCUCAUCCUGGGUCGCUUUAUCAUGGGAGUCGAUGGAGGUGUUGCUCUCAGUGCCCUCCCCAUGUACCUGAGUGAAAUUUCACCCAAGGAAAUCCGAGGUUCCUUAGGACAAGUUACCGCCAUCUUUAUCUGCAUUGGCGUGUUCGUGGGACAGAUCCUAGGGUUGCCUGAGAUAUUUGGAAGGGAAUCCCUUUGGCCGUAUCUGUUCGGCGUGAUCAUGGUCCCGGCUCUAGUCCAGCUGGUCAGUCUGCCCUUCCUCCCUGAGAGCCCCCGGUACUUGCUCUUUGAAAAACACGACGAUGCCGCCGCCGUGAAAGCCUUUCAGACCUUCUUAGGGAAAGAUGAUGUCUCUCAGGAAAUAGAGGAAGUCCUGGCAGAGAGUCGGGCCCAGAGAAACCUCCGCUUAGAAUCCGUCCCUCAGCUUCUGAGGAACCGCUCCAUCCGCUGGCAGAUAAUCACCGUAAUCAUCACCAUGGCCUGCUACCAGCUCUGUGGGCUUAAUGCUAUCUGGUUCUACACAAACAGCAUCUUCUCUGAAGCUGGCAUUCCAAAGGAAAAGAUCCCAUAUAUCACCUUGAGUACAGGCGGCAUAGAGACUUUGGCUUCUAUCUUUUCAGGCCUAGUCAUUGAACGCCUUGGACGUAGACCUCUUCUCAUUGGAGGGUUUGGUUUGAUGGCAUUCUUCUUUGGAGUACUUACAGUAGCUCUGACUUUGCAGGAUCGAGCUCCUUGGAUACCAUACUUGAGCAUAGUGUGCAUUCUGAUGAUCAUUGCUUCAUUUUGCAGUGGACCAGGGGGAAUUCCGUUCAUUCUGACAGGGGAAUUUUUCCAGCAGUCUCAGCGGCCAGCUGCGUUUCUGAUCGCUGGAACCGUCAACUGGCUUUCCAAUUUUAUCGUUGGACUCCUUUUUCCUUUCAUUCAGAAAGGCUUGGAGACGUAUUGCUUCCUGGUGUUUGCUGCGAUCUGCAUAAUAGGAGCCGUUUAUUUCUAUUUUGUUCUGCCGGAAACCAAGAACAAGACUCUUGCAGAAAUCAGUUUGCAGUUUGCCAAGAGAAACAAGACACAUUUAGUCGAGGAGACAACAGAAGACCCCGUGCCCGAAGGAAAAGCCAAUGAGAACUCCAACAAGGACUCUUCUUCUACCCUGGACAAUCAUGCCCAAAACAAGAUCAUCUGAAGUCUCUCUCUCUCUCUCUUUCUCUCUCUCACACACACUAGGGAUCAAAGGGAAGCCUGUUCUUCCAUUUUGGAAAGACUAGGGUGCCCCCACAAUAUGUAUGUAAUGUUCAGUGUUAAUAAAAUAGAAUGGUCAUACCAUUUUGA